AUGGCUACAAUCAAGGUCACUUCUUCAGCUGAUGAAACUGAGAAAUUUCUCUCCAAGGUGUUUGAGAUUCUCGAUUCCUAUGAUUACGAUCGAUUCCAAGAAGUCUUCUCAGCAGACCUGGAGUUUACAGGAGGCUUGUGGAAAGAUACUGGGCGUGACAACUUUGUAAAAAGCUUGAGGAAGCAAAUGCAAAUUGCACCGCCGAUGAAGACAUGGCAUGUCAGAGAUAAAAAUGAUGUCGCCAGCGAUGGCACGAUAUACAGCUCUGGAAGAUUGACAACAGUAUUUGAGGCGCACCCCGAUUCGCCAAUAACGAUCCCGAUGAUUGGUGUUUUUACAAUGGUGGCAGAUGGUCCAGAGUGUGGGAAAAUCAAAAACAUGGCAAUACAUAAAGAUCGUGUACCAUUCAUACCAUUCAUACAAAAACUACCGGGAAUGGCUUGA